GCUUUCAAAACGGUAUCCGCUAUAACCCUUCACUAUCGUAAAAUACAUUUCUUAACCAAUCAAAUCACCACACGAAGUGUUUGUUGUUUUGUCAGCUUAAUAAGUUCCUUAUUAUAAACAGAGUCUGGUAACGGGAAUUCUGUUCUUUUUCAUUUGAUAGUCGAUUGGGCCGGUUCCCAGUUUUCUUAAUUGUGCCACGUCGAUGUGUGCAUUUUCAACAAGUUUCAUUUUGUAGUAGUAACAUACAUUUCCAAAAUGAUAGGGCGAAUGGGUUUGAUAUUGCUCUUUUUAAAAAUAGUUUUUGCCGCCGAAGAAAUUAAAGUCGAUGAAGGAGUUCUCGUACUUACCAAAGACAAUUUUGAAAAUGCCGUAAGCGAAAACGAUUUUAUAUUGGUGGAAUUCUAUGCUCCUUGGUGCGGACAUUGCAAAGCUUUAGCUCCCGAAUAUGCCAAAGCGGCUAAACAAUUGGAAGAACAAGGAUCGGCGAUUAAGCUUGCAAAAGUAGAUGCCACCGAGGAGGCAGAUCUUGCUGAAAAAUUCGGAAUUAGGGGAUACCCCACAUUGAAAUUCUUCCGCAAGGGAACACCUACGGAAUAUUCAGGAGGUAGACAAGCAGAUGAUAUCGUUAAUUGGUUAUUAAAGAAGACCGGUCCUCCCGCUAGAGAAAUAAAUACCGUCGAAGCAGCCGAAGAAUUGAUCGAUGGUAACAACGUUAUCGUUAUCGGUUUUAUCAAAGAUCAAAGUACCGAUCUCGCAAAAGCUUAUUUGGAAGUGGCUUCCACGAUCGACGAUAUUCCUUUCGCGAUUACAUCGGAAGAUGCAGUUUUCGAAAAUUACGAAGCUAAAGAUGAUACCUUGGUGUUGUUCAAAAAAUUCGACGAAGGUAAAGUGGUAUACGAAGGCGGAUCUACCGAUGCGGAAAUAAAGAAAUUCAUAAAAACAAAUUCGUUACCUUUAUUGGUGGAAUUUAAUCACGAUACAGCGCAAAAGAUUUUCGGCGGCGAAAUUAAGAAUCAUUUAUUGAUGUUUUUGAAUAAAAACGACGAAUCUUACGCCACCAUUUCCGAAGCAGCUAAAUCCGUCGCUAAACCUUACAGAGAAAAAGUACUUUUCGUAACGAUCGACGCCGAAGAAGAAGACCAUCAAAGAAUAUUAGAAUUCUUCGGUAUACAGAAGAAGGACGCUCCGGUGGCUCGUCUGAUCCGAUUAGAAGAAGAUAUGGCUAAAUACAAACCGUCGACUGAGGAAUUAACAGCGGAAAAUAUUCAAAAAUUCGUCGACGAUUUCUUAGCUGGUAAACUUAAACAGCAUCUUUUGAGUCAGGAAUUACCUGAAGAUUGGGAUAAACAACCGGUGAAGGUGUUGGUGGCUAGUAAUUUCGAUAGCGUCGCUUUGGAUUCGACUAAAGACGUAUUAGUGGAAUUUUACGCUCCUUGGUGCGGACAUUGCAAACAAUUGGUACCCAUCUACGAUCAACUUGGCGAACAUUUUAAAGAUAACAAUGACGUCGUUAUUGCUAAAAUGGACGCUACUUCCAACGAAUUAGAACACACGAAAGUAACUAGUUUCCCUACCAUUAAAUUGUUUACCAAAGGAGAAAAUCGAGCGAUCGAUUACAACGGUCCGAGGACGUUGGAGGAAUUGAUUAAGUUCGUCGAAUCCGGUGGCGUAGACGUCGAACCUUCCGAAGAAGAAGAAGUCGAAGACGUCGAUGCCGCCAAAAAAGACGAAUUGUAAUUCCGUGUGUAAGCGAAAGUGAAAAAUUGAAAAAAAAAAUGAAAUACAAAAAAAACUUAUUUAUAUAUAUUUUUAGAUUCUUCUUCUUUUUUGUACAGAAUAUUGUUUGUGAAUGAUAUUUUUUUUGGUUAGUGUCCUCUAAUUUAAUCACUUUAUUUAAAUCGUUUUUUCGAGAAUAUUUCAAAAAUCUCUUGAUACUUUUUUUAUAAAUUGAUUAUGUAUAAAUAACAUUUUGUGAAUAAUUUAUAUUUGUUCAUUAAAUGCGUUUCCGAUAUAUC